AUGGUACGUACGUUCCGGGAUGGUCAUGCCAUCUACCAGAGCUGCGGCAAAACACAUGAGCUGGGGACAGCUUUCAUAGUGAUGGGCGUGAUGCGGAAGCGGGUGAUUGGGUGGUGGCCAAUCAGCCCUCGAAUGUGCAGGUUGAGAAUCAAAGGCCGGUUCUUCAACAUCAGCAUCAUAAACGUGCACAGCCCUCACCUCGGAAGUAACGAAGACGACAAGGAUGAAUUCUACGCGCAGUUGGAGCGUGAGUACGACCACUGCCCAAAACAUGAUAUCAAGAUCGUCAUCGGGGAUUUCAACGCCCAGGUCGGCCAGGAGGAGGAAUACAAACCGGUGAUUGGAGGGUUCAGCGCCCACCAGCGUACCAAUGAAAUGGGCCUGAGACUUAUCGACUUUGCCACCUCCAAGAACAUGGCCGUACGUAGCACAUGCCUUCAGCACAGCCUCCUACACAAGUACACCUGGAGGUCACCAAAUCAAACAGAGACUCAGAUCGACCACGUUCUGGUUGACUGCCGCCACUUCUCAGACAUCACCGACGUCCGAUCCUAUAGGAGCGCUAACGUCGACUCGGACCACUACCUGGUGAUGGUUAAGAUGCGCCCAAAACUAUCCGUAGUUAAUAAUGUUCGGUACCAACGCCCGCCCCGGUUAUACCUCGAGCGACUGAAACAGUCUGACGUCGCCGAAGACUACGCGCAUUCGCUCGAAGCUGCGCUGCCGGAUGAGGACGAGCUGGAGGAAGCUCCUCUCGAGAACUGUUGGAACUCCAUCAAAACAGCCAUCAACAGCGUAGCCGGGAACGUCAUCGGGCACGUGAGACAAACCCAACGGAACGAGUGGUUCGACGACGAAUGUAGGAGGGUGUUGGAUGAGGACAACGCUGCACGGACUGUUAAGUUGCGUAGUGGCAGCCGUCAGAACGUGGAAAGACAUAGACAGAAGAAGAUGCAGCGAACCAGAAUCUUCCGGGAGAAGAAGCGCCACCUGGAGGAGGAGGGGUAUGCAGAGCUGGAAAACCUGCAGAGCUGGAAAACCUGUCAAACCAAACGCUUCG